UCAGGUCUGAAAGAGGAAGCAGGAUGUCAUGAAGGCGUGUUAGCCCCUAGUCACCAUGCAAUGAGUCUGUGUCUCUGUCUACCUAUAGUGUGGGCCAGUACUUCCACCGAGGACUCUGGGAAAUGAAUCUGAUACUAUUCCUGCUUUUGGCAUUGACAGCUAGCUGGACUGGACUUGUCGAAGUAACUUCACAACCAGAAGGUGCAGACCCAGAGAUUAAUGGGGAUGUGGCAGGAUCUGGAGAUGGGAGCCAUCAGGGUUCAGGAAAUCAUCCUUUAUUUAAAUAUUAUGAAAUUGCAUCUAUGGAUUUAGGCUCCCCACCAAACAGUGGCUCCGUUGAUAAUGAGGAAACACAGCCGACUAUUGGGACAGAUAAAGAUGCAGUCACAGAGGAUUUCAACUUGGUCAUCAUGAUUAUCAUAGCCCUGGUUCUAACACUCGUCAUCAUCGCUGUGAUCGUGUGUGUAGUCAUGAUCUACCGCAGGGGGAGAAUAAAAGUUGCUGGCACAAAAGAAGAUCCUUAUUUGGAUCAUGAAGACCAUGAAAAGGUGCCAAUGCCCAUGUUUGAGGAUGAUAUCCCAUCAGUGAUGGAGUUGGAAAUGGAAGAUCUAGAAAACUGGAUAUCAAAAGGUGACCACCUAAACGUCUAUUAAUGGAGGCAAGAAGGUGGACACUGGCCAAAUAUAAUGAAUAGCUUUUCAGUACCUGCUGUGGACCUGAUGCUGUUUUCAGCAGCGUCCUCAUGUGUCCUCUUAUCCAAUGUUGCACAGUGUACAUGUUGAGGUAUACUUAGGUACAUUUGGUUCCUUAUAAGGGAAAUGCUUUUAGAUUAUGUUUCAUAAGGCUAUAACUUUAUGUUAAAAACGUAUUUGUAAAAUAGUAAAGAUUGCUGUGUGAAGAACAUUGCCAUUUGGAUGAAAAAAACCCUAGUGUUGUCAAAUCGAUUAAUCACAUCCACCAAAAGUUUGUAAUCGAUUAAUCGAUUUGACAGCACAAAAAAAGAGAAAAAAAACAAAACAAAAAUGUUUUUCUGUCUGUUGCACUGAACGGGAUACAAUACUUCUACUGGAAUUUGACAUGAUUCUCUGUGUCAUUUAAUAUUGAUAUUUUCACCACUUUUUGAUGGAGUACAACAAAAUUAUAAACAAUUUUAUCAUGUAAUAAUGAUUUUGCCAUCAAAUUUUGAAUAUUAAGAUGCAUUUCAUGAUUCCAUUUAAAUUAUAAGAUGUUAACCUUUUAACCUUUGUAAAUUUUAUUAUAUUUGUUGCAUUCUUUUUUUUACAUUUUGCUGUAUUGCAAGUGUGUGUUUACAAUUUAUAUAUUUCCAUAUACAUCUCUAAUUCAUAAUAA